AUGACAUCGCAUCGCAUCUUUCCUCUACAAACACCAGAUUAUCUACUUUCCUUCCAAUUUUCAUCAUGGUAUCCGACAUUUUCCUCCAUUAGCAUCAAAAGCACCAUCAUCCGUCCCUUGAGUCAAGCAUUCAAGGAAUACUUGGACUCGGACGGCAUUUUCGUACCAGAAGGCUCGGAAAACGUGUCAGUUGGCUACAAUCACCAUCUGUUUCAGUCGUGCUCACUUCCCACUGCCAGUCCCGCAGGAAGCUCUCCUUCGGACCAAGAGGAUGAGGACGACGCUGCAGUUGGGCAAUCCUUCUCCUUCCCCGAUCUAGAUGAGCGGAUAAGACAAAUCAUCAAAGAAUACGGCGCCAUUUUUCCCAAGCUCAAUUUUUCUUCACCAAAGGACGCAUCAUGGGUGCUACCACCAUCCUCGCCUCUCAAAUGCACAUCUCCAUCAGACGUCUACAUUCUACUGAAAUCCUCGGACUUCAUAUCGCACGAUCUAAGUAUCGACGCGGUCUUCGAGGGAUGCCAAUGCGAUCCCUCGAAUCCGCCAUCGUAUCAACUCGAGCUUGUCUUGAGGAAAUGGUACCCUAUAGACCGGAGUCGCGAGUUCAGGUGUUUCGUUCGCGAAGGUCGUCUCAUAGGGAUAUCACAACGCGAUACGAAUUUCUAUGACUUCAUGAACGAGCCGCAAACACAAAACAAGAUCUUAGAAACGCUUCAGCGUUUUUGGGAGGACAAGAUCAAGUCCGAAUGGCAUGGACAACAAGACUACGUUCUUGACGUGUUGAUGACACGUGAUCUGUCUCGGGGACAUGUCCUAGACUUCAACCCGUACGCACCCCGAACGGAUCCCCUGCUAUUCACGUACGAAGAGCUUUUGUCGGUCUUCACGCAGGGAUCGAGCGCACCCGAGCUCCGUAUCAUCGACUCGCCUUUACAUCCGCUCGCAUCGCGUAACGCACCAGCUUACCAACACAACAUGUUGCCAAUGGAAGCUCUCACGCUGAGUAGCGGUCGGGACAUCAACGACUUCUCAGAUUUGUGGAAGAAUGAGAUUCAGCAGUCCAUGAAUGACGACGACUAA